AUGAGCAUCCCGGCCCUUCCCCGGGACCUGCAGCUACCACCUAGUCAGAGGACCCAGCGUGCGUUCAAAGAGCAAAGAAGAAAACAACUCGAGCAACAUUUAUUAAAAAGAAAAACACUUUUUGAAUAUAAACAGGACCAUCAGAUACUAUCCAGUCGAAAACAGAGUGUGAUGACAUCCAAGGACCAGAUUCAAAAUGGAACAAACAUCCUGAAACUUAAAACAAAAAUGGCUAAUAAAGAAAACACCAAUAUACCUACACAAAGGAAAAACAAUGUAACAAUGGAAAAAAAUUGUAUUCUUUCAGAAUCUUCCAGUGAAUUAACCAAUUCAACUUUAGAAAUUGAUACAAAUAAUUUUGAGGAUGGUAGUCAAUCUCUUCAGUUGUUAAAAACUAAAGAUGAUGUUCCAAAUCAACAUAUGACAUUUAGCCAGGCAUUUCACUUAAAAAAAAAUAAUAAGAAACAAAUACCCACAGAAAAGUUGAAGCAAGAAGCUAAUAAGCCCAAGAAACUUGUGCUUGGGUCUUACUGUGGCCAAGUUGUUGCAUCUAAGAUUAAUUCAUUCAGAAAACCUUUACAAGUCAAAGAUGAGAGUUCUACAACAAACAAGAAACUUUCAACUAAUGUCUCUAAUGCCAGCAAACCACAGCCUCUGACCAUGAGCAGUGUACCGGUGAAAGGUAACAGAGCCUCAGAUGUGACAACCAUCACUAAAAUUAGAAGCACUGCAUCUCAGAACAAACUUGUGCGACCUCCUAUUAGAAGCCACCACGAUAGUGGCCAAGACAAGCAGAAACAAAGCAUCAUCAGAGCCUCUGCCAAUGUUACAGUUCGGAAAGGGCCUUAUAGAAAAGAAUUAGUUCAAUUAAAAACUGAUAUAUCUACUGUCAAAACCAGUUUUCAGGACAUCAAAAGAAAUGAGGCACGAUCAAAAAGCAUAGCACCUGGAAAUGUAACAAAACCUGCCUCAUCUUCUAAUACCAAAUUGAUAGAAAAGUCAAAACCCACCAAUCAGCGAAGACAUACUAUAGCAGCAAAUGCAAAUGUCAAUAAUAAAUCUGCUCAUCCCAAAGAAACUGCAGAACAAAGAAAAGCUCAUCUGACUGAGUGGAAAGCUGGUAAAGGGAGAGUGCUGAAAAGGCUUCCUAGCUCAGUAGUUACCCAGCCUGAGUCGGAGGGACAAAAUGGAAACCCAGUCAGGUCCUUCUGGACCACCAUGGCAGAAGAAGAUGAACAAAGAUUAUUUACUGAAAAAGUAAACAAGACGUUUUCUGAGUGCCUGAACCUGAUUAAUGAGGGAUGCCCAAAAGAAGAAAUACUGGUCACACUGAAUGACAUGGUUAAAAAUAUUCCAGAUGCCACAAAACUUGUUAAGUAUUGGGUUUGCCUUGCACGUCUUGAACCUGUCACAAGUCCUAUUGAAAAUAUUAUUGCCAUCUAUGAAAAGGCCAUCCUGGCAGGAGCACAGGUAAGAUAA